UCGUGACAUCACAUCACGUUAGCACAAACCGCGUGGCGACGUUUUCUCCCGGAAUCUAUUUUUAUCAUUUCUAGGUUUGGUCCCUGAGAAUCAACGAAGUAUUUUCCCUGAGAUAUUUACUUUUCUAUGUGGACAUGAGGUUUAAUCAUGCCCCGUCAUAAGAAUUGCUGAAGCUCAAUAUUUCUUAUCUACUUCAUCUUACUGAUCGAUUUUUCCGAAAUAAACAUCUGAUUGAGGGCGGUAAAAUUUGGAAACCUGAACGCUUUGGCGAGAAUCGUAAACAACUCAUCGAGGUGAAUUUUCUUUUAAAAUGAUGAAGUACAUUAUUGUGUUUGUGUGAUUUACUAGUCUUCUUUUGACUAUCCAUUGUUUCUCAUAGCUUAAUAUUUAUUGAAUAGUUUUUAGUGCAUAGAAAAACUGGAUUAAAUGAAUAUGUUUGCUAAAAGUAGUAUCAAACCUCGCCUGCUACGGCGCAAACUCGACAUGGUUUUGGCGCAUGUGUAUGAAGACUUGGCACUGUCCUCCAAAACAACUGAACACACUACUAUAGUGAGAGGAACUGCAGCUGGUUUUCAAACAAGUAGCAAAAUGGACCGGAAAACUGUGACUUUAGAUAAUAUGAAUCCUAAUAUAAAAUUAAUGGAAUAUGCCGUACGUGGUCCUCUAGUAAUACGUGCAGGAGAAAUUGAAAAAGAAUUACUAAAGGGUGUUAAAAAACCUUUCAAUGAUGUUAUUAGAGCUAAUAUUGGAGAUUGCCAUGCUAUGGGACAGAGACCUAUUACAUUUAUUAGACAAGUUCUGGUCUUGUGUACAAAUCCAGAGUUAAUGAAAGAUGCUCGUUUCCCAGAAGAUGUCAAGAAAAGAGCUCAAGAUCUUUUAAAGGGAUGUGGUGGGGGCAGUGUUGGAUCUUACACUGAUAGUGCUGGAAUCGAACUGAUAAAAGAACAUGUUACCGAAUACAUAAAACAAAGAGAUGGUAUACCAGCAAAUAUUAGUGAUAUAAUUUUAAGCACGGGUGCUAGUGAAGGUGUAAAAAGUAUAUUGAGCCUGCUUAACUGCACAGUUAAUGGAAAACCACCUGGUAUUAUGGUUCCAAUUCCUCAAUACCCUCUUUAUUCUGCAACAAUUGCUGAAUAUGGAAUGCAUAUGAUUAACUACUAUCUUGAUGAGAAUAAUGCUUGGGCUCUUAGCAUUAAAGAAUUGAAAAGAGCUCUUGAUGAAGCUCGUAAAGAAUGUGAUCCAAGAGCUUUAGUGGUCAUUAACCCUGGAAAUCCAACUGGUUCUGUUCUUACUCGUCAAAACAUUGAAGAAAUCAUUAAGUUCGCUUAUGAUGAAAAACUAUUUUUGAUGGCAGAUGAAGUGUACCAAGAUAAUGUAUAUCCUGAUAAUAUGAAAUUCUACUCAUUUAAAAAGAUAAUGACUGAACUUGGAGAGCCAUACAAAGAUAUGGAAUUAGCAUCCUUCAUGUCUGCCUCUAAAGGAUAUAUGGGCGAAUGUGGCUUGCGAGGAGGUUAUUGUGAAUUAGUUAAUGUUGAUAUGAGUGUAAAGAAAAUGUUACUAAAAUGUGUGUCUGCACGUCUUUGUUCUAGUGUUUUGGGUCAGAUAACAAUGGAUUGUGUUGUCAAGCCACCUCAAAAGGGUGAUCCAUCUUAUGAUCUUUUUAUUAAGGAAAAAUCUGAGGUAUUGAAAUCUUUAAAGGAAAGAGCGUUGCUAGUUGAGAAGACCUUUAACAAGAUAAGGGGAAUGAAAUGCAAUGCUGUAGUUGGAGCCAUGUAUGCUUUUCCUAGAAUAACUCUACCUGAAAAGGCUAUUCAAAAAGCUAAGUCACUUGGGCAGGCUCCUGAUUUUUUCUAUGCAAUGCAACUUCUUGAGAAUACUGGAAUAUGUGUAGUACCUGGAAGUGGAUUCGGGCAAAUACCAGGAACAUAUCACUUCAGGACAACAAUACUACCACAGACUGAUAAAUUGAAAGCUAUGUUGAAACGGUUAGAAGAAUACCAUGAAAAAUUUCUGGAUGAAUAUAAGUAGUUCUACAGCUAUCUUCACAAGUCCACUCAAUAACUGAGAAUGGCUUUACAUUACAUUCAUAGAUGUUAUCUUGUUGUUGAAUGUGAUUUACAUUAUUUAGAAUGUUCGUUUGGAAAAUAUGUUUUCUGUAAAUGAAAGAAAUAUAAUAAAGUCUGAUAUUGUUAGCUCGUGUAAAGCAAUAGAGCAUGUUUAAAGUUGGUGCUAAAUAAAGAUGAUAAGGAACUUAAUUAAAAACAAAGAAAGCCUCAAAAUAUGUUAUUGCCAGAGAAUGAGAAAAAUAUUUUAAUCUGUGUAUAUUCUAUUUAAUGGGUUGGAUUUACCCGUAGCCUGCAUAAAUGGUAUUAGAUAUUCUUUUUUUGCAUUCAGCUCUCUAGUUUUGGUUUUUAAUUUGAAUAUUUAUCGAUGUACCUUGUAAAAUUGACUAGUAAAUUUUUUUUUCAAAGAAAGUUUUAUUUAUAUUUUGUAAACAAAUCAUGUUAUGAAAUGUAUUUUAUGAUAAAUGAAUAUAAUGUGUAAGUGUCUUAACUAUGUAAACAUAUAGAUGCAUCUUUAAUUAGAACUAUUGUUACUGAAAUGGUUAAAUAUUGGGAGUAGUAGAGAAAUUAUUCCUUGCAAAUUAAUUUAGACAAUAGCAUAAGUUUAAUAAUGCUUAUCCUAUAAUUUUUUCUUUUAAAUUAACAUUACAAAAGUAGAAUAAAACAUGUUUUCAAUUUUAAUAACCACCCUGAAUUUUUUUUUAAAUAUUCAUACUUUUAAUCAGCUUUUUUUCCCCCACUGUUUGUUUUAUAUAUCAACCAAUUUUGAUAAAUCUUUUAUUUUCUGAAAUACAAUUUUAUUUCAUGACCUCCAAGAGUUUGGCAUGGUCUUUAAUCUUAAGUACAAAUUUUAAUAUUUUAUAAAAAUAUAUUCUUGUGAAAUCUAAUGAAUGAAUUUUUAAAGCAUUAAAAAUAAAUUUCAAAUCAAGCUCUAGCUUGAUUUGUCUUCCUUCUUGUGAUAGUUAGUAAUUUGUUUUUCUUAUGUUUUUUGAUGUAUAAUUGAGCUUAAUGGUGAUGUAUAACAUACAAAGAUACUGAUAUAUAAUAUUAUGAGUCCACUUUCGAAUGUUUGAAUGAUUCCAUUUAGUUGAUGUUUCUUUUAUUGUUCAAUAUGCUAUACAACAUAUUUUUAUAGUAUUUAUUUCUAUUUGUUCUUGUUAAAAUUUAUUGAGUUUGUAUUAAAUAUUUGAAAUAAAAGAUGUAUUUAAAA